AAUUUUGCAACGCAAAUGGAAUUCAAUGUGGCAUCAUUGGUGGAAGAUGUCCUCCAGCAGCAAGGGAAGCGACUCAGCGAAGCUGAUAAUCUCGCCUCAAGAAGAGCUCAGGAAGCUUCAUUGAAAAGAUACGAGGCGGCGGGAUGGCUGAGGAAGAUGGUAGGGGUAGUUUUAGGGAAAGAUUUGCCAGCAGAGCCUUCUGAGGAAGACUUUAGAAUUGGAUUGAGAAGUGGCAUUAUUCUUUGCACUGUUCUUAACAAGAUCCAGCCUGCUUCUGUCCCAAAAGUAGUUGAAGCACCUGUUGAUAGUGUCAUGAUUCCUGAUGGUGCUGCCCUCACUGCUUUCCAAUACUUUGAGAAUGUGAGGAACUUCCUUGUAGCCAUACAGGAGAUGAGGAUUCCCACUUUUGAAGUCUCAGAUUUGGAACAAGGAGGGAAGUCGUUCCGGAUUGUGAACUGCAUUCUGGCCCUCAAAUCGUACCAUGAGUGGAAGCAGUGCGGUGGCAUUGGGGUCUGGAAGUUCAGUGGAAACACGAGGCCGUGCAGUGCUGUAUCCAAUCCUCAUCAAUGCAGAACAAAUUCUGAUAUGUUCCUCAACUUUCUGUCAAGGAAUUCUGAUGCAGUAUCUACUGAUCUUGAUGAAAUGAGAGUGUCUCCUUCGUUGCAAAAGCUUGUGCGCGAGCUUCUCUCGGAUAAGAGUGCAGAGGAAAUCCCUAUUAUUGUGGAGAGUAUUAUAAGUAGAGUUAAGGAAGAGUUCGAGCGCAGGCUGGAAAGACAAACUAAAAUGGUUGGAGCAGCUCCAAACGACGAGAGCAACUCAACCUCGUGCAUGAGUUUGGAGACUGAGGAGACGUCGAAUGUAAGGAAAACCGACGGUGGAGCUGGGAAAGAUUUCUGCAAUGAGGCUUCUGGAGACCAUCCCUUGAAGCAACAAGAUUUCAUUGAUCUCCAGCACAGGACUGUAGAGGAACUAAGGAAGAUCCUCAACACGACAAAACAAGGCAUGCACGUGAUGCAGCUCAAGUAUCAAGAAGACGUUGAUAGUUUAGGUGAACAAGUCGUGUGCCUAGCUAGCCUAGCCUCUGGAUACCGGAAGGUUCUUGAAGAGAACCGGAAGCUGUACAAUCAAGUGCAAGACCUCAAAGGAAACAUCAGAGUGUACUGCCGCGUGCGCCCUUUCAUACCAGGGCAGAGCAAUGGCUUGAACAUACUUGACGAGGUAGUUGACAACUCGCUCACUAUCCAAAUAAGCGGAAAGCAUGGGAAAGGGAAGAAAACAUUCAGUUUUAGCAAGGCCUUUGGUCCAAACUCAACGCAAGAAGAAGUAUUUGCAGAUACUCAGCCACUUAUCCGGUCAGUCCUUGACGGAUACAAUGUCUGCAUAUUUGCUUAUGGCCAAACUGGAUCAGGAAAGACCUACACAAUGACGGGGCCGAAGGAGCUGACGAAAGAGAGCCUGGGUGUGAACUACAGAGCAUUGAGCGAUUUAUUCGAAAUCUCAGAGGAGAGGAAAAACACGAUUGCUUACAGCAUCUCGGUUCAAAUGAUGGAAAUCUACAACGAGCAGGUCCGAGAUCUCCUUGUGACAGAUGGUGGCAACAAGAGAUUGGAGAUACUCAAUAAUUCCUCCAAUGGCAUCAGCGUGCCCAAUGCGAAUCUGGUGAAGGUCGCCUCAACAUCUGACGUCAUAGACCUCAUGAACCUCGGCCACAAGAACCGCACAGUAGGAUCUACCUCCAUGAACGACCGCUCCAGUCGCUCCCACAGUUGCCUGACGGUUCACAUGCUAGGCAUGGACUUGACCUCGGGUGCGACCCUGCGCGGGUGCAUGCAUCUGGUGGACCUGGCUGGGAGCGAGAGAUGCGACAAAACAGACGCAGUUGGAGAUAGGUUGAAGGAGGCUCAGCACAUCAACCGAUCGCUGUCUGCUCUAGGAGAUGUGAUCGCUGCUCUAGCUCAGAAGAACGGUCACGCCCCCUACCGCAACAGCAAGCUCACGCAGCUGCUUCAGGAUUCUCUUGGAGGGCAGGCCAAGACUCUGAUGUUCGUCCACAUCAGCCCCGAGUACGAUGCCCUCGGAGAGACGCUCAGCACUCUCAAAUUCGCAGAGCGCGUCUCCACUGUGGAGCUUGGCGCGGCUAAGUCCAACAAGGACACCUCAGCUUCCGAUGUCAAGGAGCUCAAGGAACAGAUAGCGAUGCUGAGAGCCGCCCUGGCUCGAAAGGAAGGAGCUGCCGUCUACAUGGGCAGCCCUACAUCCAAUGUAUCUGUAUCUUCUCCCUCACACUCCUACAAGACAGAGAGCAACUCUUCUUCAAGAAGGCAGAGUUUUGAGAGCCAGGACUCUUGGCCGACGAUUCAGGAGGCGGUGAAGACUGUGUCGCGCAGCAGCAGCCGAAGGAUGUCGGCGUCGCCAGAGGUGUUCUUCGACAACAAGCGCAGCCCCAUGGCAUCCACCAAGAUCAAAGCCCCAUCAGCAUCACACCGCCUAGACGAUUCUGAUUUGGAAGCUGAGCAAGCUUACCAGCUGAAAACCACUGGCCUUGCAGCAUCAAAGCUGAAACGGCCGACAACGAAGACGGUAAAGACACAAGAGACAAGGAGCCAGAUUCCUCAGCCAAGUGUAAGAGUUGGAGGGCAGAACAAAGGUGCGCGGCAAGUGUCAACAUCUUCUUCGUCUAUGGUGAGGCGAAAGGCGGCCAGUGGGAAGUGA